AUGUUUGGACAUGGUUGGAAUAAUUAUAUCCAACAUGCUUAUCCUGAAGAUGAAUUGAAUCCUUUUGAAUGCAAUGGCAGAGGAAGUGACAAAGCAGAUCCGGACAAUAUUCAUGUCAAUGAUGUGUUGGGAGAUUAUUCGCUUACAUUAGUCGAUACACUAGACACACUUGCCAUCAUGGGCACACAAGAACAGUUUGAAGAAGCAGUGCAACGUGUGAUUCAGACGGUUUCUUUUAGCCAAGAUAAUAAAGUACAAGUCUUUGAACUGAAUAUUCGAGCAUUGGGUGGACUCCUCUCUGCUCAUUUAUUAGCAACAGAUCCUACAUUUCAUCAUACCAUCCCUGGCUAUCAAAAUGAAUUACUUGAUAUGGCCAAAGAUUUAGCAGAUCGACUCAUGCCAGCCUUCCAAUCCACCAAAACAGGUAUUCCUUACCCUCGCGUCCAUCUCCUACACGGCGUAUCACCUACAGAAACAACCGAGACAUGCACAGCAGGCGCUGGUAGUCUGUUACUUGAAUUUGGUGUACUGAGUCGACUGACAGGCGACCCCUCUUAUGAAGCAGCAGCAAAACGUGCGCUUCAAUCUGUCUGGGAUCGCCGGUCUGACAUCAACCUGAUGGGCAAUGUGAUUGACAUCCAGACAGGCACUUGGAUCCAUACAGCAUCCUCCACAGGUGCAGGCAUUGAUUCUGUAUUUGAAUAUAUGCUGAAGUCCUACAUCUUGUUUGGCGACCAAGAAUACAAGGACAUGUUUGACCAAGCCUAUCGUGCCCUGAUGUUGUUUGUCAGAGAUCCCUCGGGUUACCUGUACCGCAAUGUCCAUAUGAGUACGGGGUCUUUGAUGUCUUCUUGGGUCGAUAGUCUCAGUGCCUUUUUUCCUGGUCUUCAAGUGUUGUAUGGCGACAUAGAUGCUGCCAUCAAGAGUCAUUUGGUCUAUUUCAAUAUCUGGCGAAGAUACCAUGCACUUCCUGAACGCUUUGACUUCUUUCAAAAGACAGUCGAUUUGCCUUACUACCCUUUACGCCCUGAAUUCGUUGAAUCGACCUAUCAUCUCUACAGGGCAACCAAAGACCCGUUUUAUUUAGAGGUAGGCGAGAUGGUCUUACAGGAUCUCAAUAACCGAACCCGGGUCCAUUGUGGAUUUGCUUCUCUGGGCGAUGUUCGUUCAGGGCGACUGGAGGAUCGCAUGGAGAGUUUCAUGUUGAGUGAGACACUCAAGUACCUUUACUUGUUAUUUGAUACAGAUCAUAGCAUCAACACUAUGGAUGGAAACUACGUCUUUACUACUGAGGGACACAUCUUGCCUGCACCUGCUCUUUAUCGAUCCAGCCCACCUCAUACACCGACAGUGUCCCUUCAGACAUCGCCUGCGGGGACUUGUGCACGCUACAAUCCUAGGCAGUUGCAUUAUAUGUCUAUACCGGGUGAUUUGGACAUGACCAGUAUGCUUUAUCAACCUUCAUCUGAUUAUGCUGCUGAGAUUGUAGGUGGUGUCCGAAGCACACCACCACCAUUGACAACACAUGGAUACUGUCAAGUGCCCUUGUUGAAUCGAUACAGUCUUUCUUUUGGCUAUACACAUCGUCGCCCACCAACCCAAUUUAAUUUGAUGGAACUGUUAGGUGGUUAUUUAGUGAAAUCGUUGUCUGGAUUCAAGAUGGAUAUUGUAGGUCGACACUCGGAUGGUUAUUUUGUCAAAGGAGGUAGGUAUAUAUAUAUAUACAUAUAUAGGUUGAGCGAAUAG